AUGGCUACCUGGGUUCCUCCUCCUCUGGGUCAUUAUAAAAUCCACUUUGAUGGUGCUUCCAGGGGGAAUCUGAGUAUGGCAGGGGAUGGUAUGGCUAUUCUAGAUCACAAUGCAGUCUUAAUAUUAGCUCAGUGUCAUACCCUUGGGUCUCAGUCAAACAACUUUGCUGAAUGUCAAGCUCUGUUACUCGGAAUUGACAUGGCUAUUUCUCUUGGGAUAAAACAUCUUCACAUUCAGGGGGACUCAAUGGUUGUUAUCCAAAGUGUUUUGAAUUGUAAAAACAAUUGUUGGCACUUGAAGUAUUUAAUUGACCACAUUUUGAAGAAAUUAUCUUUCUUUGAUACCUAUUUGUUAUCUCAUUGUUUUCGAGAAUUGAACAAAUUGGCAGAUUUCCUGGCUAAUUUGGCAAUCGAUUCGGCUGCUUUUCAUAAGAUUGUGGAAAAAGAUGACAUUCCUCAUGAUGUCCUCCCCGAGUUUUUGCCUCUUCCCAAAUAA